GGGGACGAUUAUCAACUAUCAUUCUUUAAAACUAAAUAGUAAUGGAAACCGAAAUUCAAAGCUCCCCUUUGGGUCAAAAUGUUGAUAUCAAAACUCUUUUUACUAGUUUACGAGUAACAUUAGAUCAUCAUUAUGAUAGAAAAGAAAGAAUUGUCAAGCAGUCAAGAGAUAUUACAGGAUUGAGUAAAAAAUUAAUAUUUCUUGCUCAUAGAUCAAACCAAAAAUCAUUAAAAUCGAUUUUAGAAGAAGCAGAAACGAAGAAAAAAGAAAUACUUGAAUUAUUUCAGAAAGUAUCAUGUGAAUUAGAAGGAAUAAAUUAUUAUAAAUAUCAUAAAAGUAUUUCUCCUGCAAUUCAAGAAUUUAUCGAGGCUAUAUCAUUUCUAGAAUAUUUGGAACAUAAUCGUUUGAUUUCUAUGAAUGAUGUUGAAUUAAAUUUUAGAGACAAAUCGGGUAAUCAGUAUUUACAAGUAACGGUUGAGGAUUAUGUUCUAGGUAUAGCAGAUCUAACAGGAGAGCUGAUGCGUUACGCCAUUAAUAGUGUUGGUAAAGGAGAUCAUGAUCGUGCUUUACAAGUUUGUAAAUUUCUAAGGAGUUUAAAGUCUGAUUAUGAUCUCCUCAAAGUAUCAGGAUAUUCUCUCUUAGGAAGAAAAUUGGACGGGAUAAAAACAAAUCUAGCAAAAGUUGAAGAUGCUUGUUACGCUCUUACAAUUAGAGGUUCCGAGUAUCCAAAAGAAUUUUAUCAACACAUCGUUAGUGAACAUGCAAGAAAUUACGGCGAUAAUAUGGACGUUGAUGAAUGAGGCUUUAUGCAUUUUUAUUCUUUUGAAGUCAUUAUUUAAUAUUAAUAACAAUAACAACAUGUAAAAAUAAUUAUUAAAGAUUUGAGAUUAAAUAGCUUUGUAUAAUAAUAAAUUUAAUAUUUUCACCACUGUUUUUUUCA